AUGCGUUUCUCCCUUGUCCUCGCUGUUGCUGCUGCUUUGACAACAUCAGUAUCUGCCGCUGCCGCUUUGACAACAUCAGUAUCUCCCGCUGCCGCUGUCAGUCUGGGCAUAGCCAGUGUUCAGCCUGCAGUGAUGAUGCCUUUUGUAUCUUCUUUGUAUGCUUCUACUAGUGUGGUAAUACUAUCUGCAGCCAAGGUGUUGACUGGGAUUGCAAAUGCAGAAUUGAUAAGUCGCGAGCGAGGCUUUCACUUGGGCGGAGACAUUCCCGCGCCUCAAGGAGGCCAGGGAGAAGCAUUAGUAGGCGGGUCAAAAUCUUGGUUGGCGUAA